CCGAGGAGCGGGGCGGGCAGAGCCUGCGGGGAGCUGGACACCUGCGGUUCCCCCCUCCCCGGACCGCCAUGUGCAUAGGACAUGAGGCACUCUGCCGCGCCUGCUGCCCCUGUGCAUAGCCCGCUGCGGGCAGCAUCUGCUGGGCCAGCCGGAUCCUGGGGCUGCGGCUGCUCUCGGCCCCCGAGCUGCGCGGCUCAGCCGUAAAUGUCCAUAGGCGGCUGCUGAGCUGGAGGGAAGGGGGAGGCUCUGCCGCUGCUGCCGCCCGUUCCCAGGAGGAGGAGGAUGCUGCACGGAGCCUGGCCCUGAGCUAUGGAAGGAGUCCUGUACAAGUGGACCAAUUACCUGACAGGUUGGCAGCCUCGCUGGUUUGUUUUAGACAAUGGAAUAUUGUCCUACUAUGAUUCACAAGAUGAUGUUUGCAAAGGCAGUAAAGGAAGCAUAAAGAUGGCAGUAUGUGAAAUUAAAGUUCAUCCAACAGACAACACAAGAAUGGAGUUAAUCAUCGCAGGGGAACAGCAUUUUUAUAUGAAAGCAGUUAAUGCAGCUGAGAGGCAGAGAUGGCUGGUAGCACUGGGUAGUUCUAAAGCCUGUUUGACAGACACCAGAACAAAAAAAGAAAAAGAAAUUAGUGAAACCAAUGAAUCUCUUAAAACCAAAAUGUCCGAACUUCGCCUCUACUGUGAUCUCUUAAUGCAGCAAGUUCAUACAAUACAAGAAUUUGUUCACCAUGAUGAGAGUCGCUCAUCUCCCAGCAUUGAGAACAUGAAUGAAGCCUCCUCCUUGCUCAGUGCCACAUGUAACACAUUUAUUACAACACUUGAAGAAUGUGUGAAGAUAGCUAAUGCCAAGUUUAAGCCAGAGAUGUUUCAACUGCCUCAUCCUGAUCCCUUAGUUUCUCCUGUGUCACCUUCACCUAUUCAAAUGAUGAAACGCUCCAUUAGCCAUCCUGGUACAUACAGUUCAGGGAGUAGUAACGCCACAAAAGAACCAAUUUCUUCACUCCACCGGUUAUCCCAACGACGCAGAAGAACAUACUCCGAUACAGAAUCCUAUAAUGAUAUUCCUCUUGAAGAUACAGAGAGACCUGCUCACUGUUCCAGAAGUGCUCUCAAUGGACACUUGGCACCAUCAACCAUUCCUGAAGAAAACAGAUCAGUUUCAAAGAAAAGACCUGAAUUGGAAGAGACUCUUCCAUCCUCUUCUUCCUGAAGAAACUGCAGUAUUCAACUUUCUAUAAGUAAUGCUAUGCAAAAGCUGCUGUAAUUAUAUUAUUGUUAUAGGGAGUAGUUAUUUCCCUUUUAGAAGGAUUUUUCUGCACUUUAUAGAAUAAUGUAAAAACUAACUUUGAAGUGUAUUUUAUCUUUAUAUAGUUUAUUUGCAAGAGUAUUUUCCUAAUGACUUCACAGUUUGAAUGUGCAUUUUUUUGGAACAAAUGAUGGCUUAACAGAUAGGCAUCUGCAUUUGUAAGUGUAGCUCUUUUCUAAAAAGUGUGAUGGUCUGAUAGUUUAAUAAACCUGCAGAUUUUAAAUCUUGAAGAAGGUUUCAGAUGGGGUGGGGGGGGGGAAGAGGGGGUAUGUUGUCACUUGUGCCAUGGACCAACUGGUCAUUUGUACAAAGUUAGGACCCGGUCUUGCAGUCCUUGUGCUCUCACUGUUCUCCUUGAAUGGGAAUUUUGCUUGUGUAAGAAGUAAGGGAUUGAGUCCCUAAUGGAUUACUAUAGCAGCUUGAUGGUAAUUUUAAAAACCUUCCUUUAAAAACACAAGGAUAUACAUAAUCUGAUCCUUAUUUUUAGCCAGUUGAAAGUAGAAAUAUCUCAUGUAUUUUUCUAAACAAAUGUAUAAAAAGUAACUUAUCUGCAUAUGAAGCAUUUGUACCAAACAUUGGGUAUUUAACAAUUUUUAUUUAUUUAUUUUUUUGCAUAAAAAAUUUCUACUUACUUUCAUUACUAAAGGUCUACAGGCUUCAAGAUGUACACAAAUUGUUGCUGAGGUGUGUAGCAUCACUGAAUAGCUAAUGCAACACUGUUUAAAUUUACUCUGCUCAUUUCAACUAAGGCAUAUUUUUAACAAAGUAUUAUUUUAGUGUUUGCUUCUAAAAUAGACUGUUAAGCUACUGUUGUAAGUAUGAAUAUUUGUAUCUCUACAUACUUUAUUUAUGAAGUAUUUAUACAAAAGGGGACUUCUGUUUAUUAUGACGCCUAUAUAUCAUUUCACUAUGGCAUAAAUGUAGAGCUAGAAUCUGAUCUCAAUUACACUUGUGUAAACGUGCAUUAGCUGUAAAUUAGAUCAGAAUCUGGCCCUCUAAUUACUGAAUUAAUUAUAUAGUAUAGCAGUGCCUGCUAUUACCUCUCUCUCUCAUAUAAGGUUGUUAGUGUUUGCAUUGUAAACUCUUGUUUUUUAUGUUCACUUUCAGACAAACUUGGUCUGUAAGUCUUAGCCAUAGAGUACUUUAAAAAAACAGUUGCUGUCUUUAAUUUACACAAUUGGUUAAUAAAUGUACAGUUUUUUGCAUUCACUCAUGCAUCAAAUUUUGUCUUACAAUUGAACCGCCUUUUAAUUUGACAUAUAUUGGCUAACUAAUCUGGUACAUGUUAAUAACAUCUUGAACUUGUGAAGGCACAAGAAGGUGAAUUAACAAUCAAAUGGAAGCUCUCCUUUUAAAUUUCCUUGAUUUUUGUUUGUUUAAAUUUUCACAAAUAUGAUGAGUAAUUACAUACUUAGCUCCUCAAUCUUGCAAAUGCUUAGGCGCAACCCAUUGAAUUAAACUACCCACAUGUGUAAAGUUAUGUGUGGGUAUAAGGGUUUGCAGGAUUAGAGCCUUAUUUUGUGCUCAAAUUAGCAACUGAACGUAACUAGUCAUUUGCACACACAAAUUAGGUACAUAAAUUUGGGCUUUAAUGGAUGCUGUUACACCUCCACACUCUUGUAAAUUGUAAAAAUAAGUAUUAAAAAUAUGAAUGAAUUUA